AUCUGAGUUUUUUUUCCUGCACAGUAGCGACAUAUUUCCAUUGAAAGAGCAUUUCUGUGAGUCACAGCAGGCUGGCAGCUGCUAGGUUUUUACAAGUGCCAACUGCAUUGCAGCAAAGAGGCGGGCAUUGUUUGAGAAGGCCAGCGACACAGUGCCCAUUUAGGCCCUUUCGUAAUAUAGCAUUCCGCUGCUGCGACAGGGGAGCAGGUCCAGUUAUCAGACAAGCCUCUUGUGCCAGGUCGGUCGGCGGCAGGGCUAGUAAAGAUAAGACAAGUAUGGCAGGCCACGAUGAAGCCAAGGCGAAGCCUGGAACGGCCGCAGAGGGCAUGGGAGUGGCCAAGGCCGGCUGGUUCACAGAGCUGAGCACCAUGUGGCCUGGCCAAGGCCUGUCACUCAAGGUGGAGGACAUCUUGUUCCAGGGGAGGUCCAAGUUCCAGGACGUCUGUGUGUUCCAGUCUCCUUCCUUUGGGAAGGUGCUGCUGCUGGAUGGAGUCAUACAAUGCACAGAGCGCGACGAGUUCUCCUACCAGGAGAUGAUCACCCACCUGCCGCUCUGCGCUCUGGAGGCGGAGCCGAAAAAGGUGCUGGUGGUGGGCGGCGGCGAUGGCGGCGUGCUGCGCGAAGUCGCGCGUCACCCCUACGUGCAGGAGAUCACCCUGGCAGAGAUCGACGAGAUGGUGCCGGAGACGUCAAAAAAGUGGUUCCCCGAGAUGGCGCUCGGCUUUGACGACCCCCGCGUCUCCGUCCACAUCACCGAUGGCAUCAAGUGGGUGCAGGAGGCUGAGCCGGAGACAUAUGACGCCAUCAUCGUUGACUCAUCCGAUCCGGUCGGCCCCGCCGAGGUCCUCUUCCAGAAGCCCUUCUUUGAGGCCAUGCACCGCGCUCUGAAGCCCGGCGGAGCCAUCUGCACACAGGGAGAGAGCCUGUGGCUGCACCUGGACAUCAUAAAGGAGCUGGCUGCCAUGUGCCACGAGGUGUUUGUGGGCGGCAGCGUGCAGUAUGCCUACACCACCAUCCCCACCUACCCAAGUGGGCAGAUCGGGUUCAUGAUUUGCGCGAAGGCCACCAGCUCAGGAACGCCCCUCGAUCUGAGCCAGCCCAGGAGACCGCCACCUGUCGCCCCCAAGGCUGACUACCCGCCCCUCAGGUACUACAGCGGGGAGAUGCACCGGGCUGCUUUUGUGCUGCCCAAGUUUGCUCGUGACGCCCUCACAAACAGCCUCACACUCUAGUGCUGCACAGCUCUCUAGACAUCACAAUUGCAUAUUAGAGGAUUGCCAGAGUGGCUUGUGGGCCAAGUUCUGGCGAUCGGACAGAUUGCUGUGGAUUGUUGAAAUGCUUCUCAAUCUGAAUUAUUCAUGUGAAAAGCUUAAGAGGUGUUCCUCCAAUUGGUAAUCCCGUCUUUUCACAUCGCCUGCAUCUGCUCGACAGUAUUUGUAAAGAUCUGGAGAUGGACU